AUGUGCCAGGAGCAAUCAGCCGACGCCUUCAUCAAUACCUUACGACGAUUCUUCGCACGCAGAGGACAACCAGCCAAAAUUGUUUCUGACAACGGUACAAACUUCACCGCAGCCGAAAAAGAACUCAACAGACACUUCGAGGCCGAUGUUACACAACAUUUCUACGCCAACCAUCAGGUUGAAUGGACAUUCAACCCUGCCCAAGCUUCUAAUUUCGGAGGUGUAUGGGAACAACUCAUAAGAUCAGUCAAAGCUUCGUUCUAUGCCAUCAUAGGAAGCCAGAUUCUAACAGACGACAUAUUCAACCCCGUUCUUUGCGAAGUUGAACACUUCAUGAACGCAAGACCCAUCACUACAGUUUCAUCAUCGCCCGAAGAUGUUGACGGCCUCACACUAAAUCAUUUUCUUCUCGGGAGAGCGCAUGCCACCAUGCCACCUCUACAAACCCAACAGCCGUCAACACUCAGUCGACAAUGGAGAUUUGCCCAACAACUCUCAACCAAUAUUUGGAAACGCUUGAUGAAGGAGUUUAUUCCAACACUAAUGCCAAGACAACGAUGGACAACAAAGACGCCGCCUAUCAAAGUAGGAGAAAUUGUCUGGAUUUUUCAGGAUAUGACGCCACGAGGACUCUGGCCAAUUGGACGGAUCACAGGAAACAAACCAACCGAUGAUGACCAGACCCGCGUUUACACCGUCAAAGUAAGAGAUAAAAUUGUGUCAAUACCUGCCAUUAGACUAGCAACUGUUAGUCCGGACUAUUGCAAUCAACCAGCAAACGAAAAUUUACGACAAAGAGAGCCUCACCCUAAAGCAGCCUUGCGCCGACAGUUAUAG